CUGCACGGGGCGGCAGCAGCUGGCACGCAGCCUCCAGCCUCCGGAGCACCAUCCUGGCCUGGCACUGGCACUGGCACAAGCUAUGGCAAAUGAAGGGCAAGUCCUGCUCUCCCCGCUGAAAGGGGGGCAUCCUCCUGCAGUAAAGGCUGGAGGAAUGCGAAUUUCCAAAAAACAAGAAAUUGGUGUCCUGGAGAGACAUACCAAAAAAACAGGAUUAGAGAAAACAAGUGCCAUUGCAAGCGUUGCCAAACUCCAGGCCAUGAAUGCUCUGAAUGACACGCUGGAGAAGCUCAGCCAUAAAUUUCCAGCAGUAAUGCACAUGGCACAUCAAAAACCCAGACCCGCCCUGGAGAAGGUCACUCCACUGAAAAGGAUCUACAUUAUUCAGCAGCCUCGAAAAUGUUAAGCUGGAACGUAAAACACAGGCGUCUGGCCAACUGCCGCGAACAUCUGGCAGCUUAGGGAAAAGGACCAAAAUGUUCCAUAGGCCUAGUGCACUUGCUUGGUAAAUAAAACGGCUUUUGUAUCUUCUCUUUUGACUUUAGAUAAUAAAGCAUCCAAAUUUAUAAA